UUUGGGAAGGUGUACAGGCUGCAGGAGAAGGCCACUGGCAAAGUCCGGGCUGGGAAAUACUUCCGGACGCGGACGGCGAAGGAGAAGGAGGCAGCGGAGGCCGAGGUGCAGCUCAUGAACCUCCUGCACCACCCCCGCCUCGUCCAGUGCCUCGCCGCCUUCCAGGGCCCUGCUGAGCUGGUCAUGGUCAUGGAGUACGUGGCAGGUGGGGAGCUCUUUGAGCGCAUCGUGGACGAUGACUUCGAGCACACAGAGCCCAGCAGUGCCCAGUACAUGAGGCAGAUCCUGGAGGGGCUGCAGUUCAUGCAUGGCCAGGCCAUUGUCCACCUCGACCUCAAACCUGAGAACAUUGUCUGCGUCAGCCCCGGCAGCCACUGGCUCAAGAUCGUCGACUUCGGCUUGGCACGGAAGCUGGCUCCAGGCAGCCCUGUGAAGGUGCUGCACGGCACCCCUGAGUUCAUGGCCCCAGAAGUGGUGGCCUUUGAGCCUGUGGACUUCGCCACGGACAUGUGGAGCGUUGGUGUCAUCUGCUACAUCCUCCUGAGCGGGGAGUCCCCAUUCCAGGGGGACAAUGACAUGGAGACCCUGAGCAACAUCACAGCUGCCCAGUGGGACUUUGAGGAGGAGACCUUCUCAGAGAUCUCUGAGCAAGCCAAGGACUUCAUCAGCCAGCUGCUGCAGAAGGCCCUCCGGUGA